GCAAAUUAAUAUUAGUGAGAAAAUCAAAAACUAUUUACACCAACCAUCUCUCCCGCUAAAGUGGCUUGAGCGUCCCCAAAACCCAAACCCAGCCCAUAAAACCAACAGAUAUUCAAAAAAGAAAAGAGACGACAGCCAAAUGCCGUUUCUCACUCCGCAUUCGGAUAUUCGUUCCCUGACCGCGCUUGGUAGUGACCGUUGGUGUUUUAGCCCAAUUACAUGGUCCGACCCGAAAGCCGAACUAUCUCGGGUCUAUGCUCGUCAGAGACGGACUGCCUCAAACGGCGUUGCUUUGGAUUUGAAGAAGAGAAAGGACCCGCGAUUGUCCAUUUGUACGGCCGAUGAGCUUCACUACGCCUCUGUUCCCAAGUCCGAAUGGAGCCUCGCUCUCUGGCGCUACCUUCCCUCUUCUAAGGCGGAGCCUAGGAAUCACCCGCUGUUGCUGUUGUCAGGACUUGCCACGAAUGCUAUUGGAUACGAUCUCUCUCCUGAGUCCUCGUUUGCACGCUACAUGUCUGCCCAAGGAUAUGAUACAUGGAUUCUGGAAGUCAGAGGUUCUGGGUUGAGCACAUAUGGUAUGGACUUAGGGGAGGUGAAGCAGCCUCUCAAUGCCAUGUCCAAGCAGACAAGGUCUUCAGUUAAGCACGAAAGAAAGAGUAGUGCUUUUGCUAAUUCUGAAAUGUCUCUGAAUGGGACAUAUAAUAUGGUGUCUAAAUCUGAUGAAUUGCAAUUAGUGACAAACUCAAUGGAGACUUUUACGCAUUUACCUGAGAGGUUAUCAGGCUUUCUAAAUGAAGGUUUGUUAGAAGCAGGUCAAAACUCUUCCAUUGCUACCCAAAUUAGGGAUUUAAGUCAAAGGCCUUCAAACAUCAUUGGAGAGGGUCCACAAGCAGUUCCCACAAGGUUUGUGGACUUCCAAGAGCGCUUUUCUACUAAGUUAGAAGAUUUCCAGAAACAACUUGACCUAAUUGUAAAGUUUGACUGGGACUUUGAUCACUACUUGGAAGAGGAUCUGCUUGUUGCGAUGGAGUAUAUAAGAACUCAAUGCAAACCAAAGGAUGGCAAGCUCCUUGCUAUUGGUCACUCGAUGGGGGGUAUCUUGCUAUAUGCCAUGCUCUCAAAGUGCUCUGCUCAAGGACGAGAUUCUGGGUUGGUAUCAGUUGCUACUUUGGGAUCAUCACUUGACUACACACGGUCAAGAUCAUCACUUAAGUUAUUUUUACCUCUGGCAGACCCUGCACAGGUUCUAAAUGUUCCUGUUCCGUUUGGCGCAUUAGUUGCUGCUGUGCAUCAUCUUGCAACUCGAACUCAUGUUUUGUCUUGGUUGAAGCCUCAAAUUUCUGCUCAAGACAUGCAACCAGAAUUGUAUGAAAAGCUUGUUUUAAACAACUUUUGUACCGUGCCUACUAAGCUUCUCUUGCAGCUAGCAACAGCCUUCCAGGAGGGUGGUUUAUGUGACAGGAGUCGAACUUUCUUUUACAAGGAUCACCUAUGCAACAGCAAUGUCCCUAUAUUAGCCCUUGGAGGAGAUCAAGACCUAAUAUGUCCUCUUGAAGCUAUUUAUGAAACAGUGAAGAUCAUUCCUGAGAAAUUGGUUACUUUCAAAGUUCUUGGAGAAGCCGGUGGUCCUCAUUAUGCGCACUACGAUUUAGUAGGAGGUCGCUUGGCAGUAGAGACAGUAUAUCCACACAUUAUUGAAUUUCUCAAUCGCCAUGACAGGACCUGAUUUCUUCAUCUUAUGUUCUGUAUGUGACCCGAAGGUCCUGAAGCUUUAAGCGCUUUGUUUUGUUCCAAAAGAUAAGGCAUCCAAAUGAAGAUACCUCCAAAGGGAAAUUAAAAUCAUGGCCGAUGUGCAUGGCAUGCGAGGGGUAGAGUUUAAAGUAGCCUUCGCUUGUGCAAUUAUGUUAUAUAUCAUGUUUCGUUAUGUACAUAGUUGUAAAGGAAAUGCCGUAUAUGAACAGAGCCAAAAUGAAACUUUAAAAGUCAGUGUUGAAAGAUGCAAGUUACGAGUA